AUGCAGUCCUCAGAGAUAUUUGUGGGAUCUAUUGACCAAGGAACAACGAGCACCAGAUUCCUGAUCUUCAAUCGUGAUGGUGAGCCAGUAGCCUCCCACCAAGUCGAGUUCAGCCAGAUCUAUCCACACCCAGGCUGGCACGAACACAGCCCCUUCGAGCUCAUAGCAUCCGUAGAAACCUGCAUGGAAGCCGCAGUCCAGAAGUUCGAGUCAGCAGGGCACAGCCGCAGCAGCAUAAAAAGCAUCGGGAUAACCAACCAGCGCGAAACUACAAUUGUCUGGGACCAUGAGACCGGUGAACCCCUCUACAACGGUAUUGUCUGGACAGACACACGCUCGCAAUCCAUCGUCGCGGAACUAAAGCAGAAGCCCGGCGCAGCACAGCUCCAGGCCAUAUGCGGCCUGCCGCUGUCAACCUACUCAUCCGCGACGAAGCUGCUCUGGAUGCUGGCCCAUGUCCCGAAAGUUCGGGAUGCAUUUGACCGUGGGACGCUGGCGUUUGGGACUGUUGACUCUUGGCUCGUGUACCGUUUGAAUGGCGGCGCGGCGGCCAACGUCUUUGUCUCUGAUUCGACAAAUGCUUCGCGCACUAUGUUUGUGAACCUGGAAACGGUCCAAUAUGACGAGUCUUUGCUUGAAUUUUUUGAAAUUAGGGGGAGAGUUCAUUUGCCCAGGAUUGUGCCUUCUUCUGAUCCGGUGGCUUAUGGGGCUGUUGCUUCUGGGGCUUUGGAGGGUGUUCCGAUUAUGGGGUGUCUUGGGGAUCAAUCUGCUGCUCUUGUUGGGCAGAAGGGGUUCUCUCCGGGCAUGGCGAAGAACACAUAUGGGACUGGGUGUUUUCUGUUGUACAAUGUUGGCGAUAGGCCUGUUUUCUCGACUCAUGGGUUAUUGGCUACGGUGGGUUAUCAUUUUGGCGGAAAGCCUGUCUAUGCUCUCGAGGGCAGCAUUGCUGUUGCGGGUUCUGGGAUCAAGUUCCUGCAAGAUAAUCUGAACUUCUUCAGUCAGUCAAAAGAAGUCAAUGAAGUUGCCAGCUCGGUAGAAGACAAUGGUGGAUGCGUUUUUGUCACUGCUUUCAGUGGACUAUUCGCACCCUAUUGGAUUGAUGAUGCCAAAGGAACCAUUUUCGGCAUAACCCAAUACACUCAAAAAGGCCACAUCGCGCGCGCAACCCUAGAAGCAACCUGCUUCCAGACAAAAGCCAUUCUCAACGCAAUGGAGCAAGACAGCGGCCACACCCUAUCUGAGCUGGCUGUAGACGGAGGGAUGAGUAAUUCGGACUUGGCAAUGCAGACCCAAGCAGAUCUCAUCUCUAUCCCAGUCUACCGCCCCAAGAUGAGGGAGACAACUGCUCUCGGCGCAGCAAUUGCAGCAGGUCUCGCAGUCGGCAUGUGGCGUAAUUUCGCCGAGCUGCGUGAUAUAAACCGCGCCGGUGGUAUGGUCUUCGAGCCUCAGAUCACUCCCCAGGAGAGUGGUACUAAGUUCGAGGUGUGGGAGAAGGCAGUUCAGAUGAGUAGAGGAUGGAUAAGAUCUGAAACAUCCCAGGAGGAAGUCAAGGGGGCUAAUGAAAAUACGACUCAGUCACUGAUUAAGGAGAGCCGUGAGAGCCAGAGGGUCAAGCCAUACCACUCCUUGAACUUGCAAAAAGCUCAACCCUUUGAGAACCGCGAACUAUUCAAGUUAAGUUAUUCUCCGGCCUACUCAGUCCUAAAUGAACAAAAUUCGCCCAUGGAGACGCACUACUUGUCGAAGCAAGUGGUUCCACUGCAUGCGAAAUCAGACGCGGACAAGGCUCCUGGCGUGACCACAACUAUCAAGGAGAUAACCCAUACCUCGAUGGGUGAGAUCAAGCUCCCGUCCUUGAAGACGCCGCUACUCAGUUUCUUGAGUGAUAUGCCGGAACCAGAUGAGGAGGACUUGUAUUUGGAGUUGCGGAAGGUAGAGAUUUUACAGAGGCUUAAGGCUCUGCGGAAGCCAAAGGUCAACUUCUAUUGA